AUGGCUCCCUCGAACCGCCCAGACUAUCACCUGAACCUCGAGGGCUUGCCUCAACUCAAUAUGAAUCAGUCGAGGUCUGCCAACACGUCGCAGGCCAACUCGCCCAUUGAGCAGCCUGCAGGGUCAGGCCUCCGCUAUCCGCUGGGCAAUGGUCGUGCUGGAGCUGGCUCCCCGUCCAAGGAAUACGGCAGUCGUCUCUUCCCCAAGCGCGCACGUGAGAUCCAGCAGCAAGAAGGUCUGACGCCGCAAAUUUGGGGACCACCCACGACUGGCAGUGGACACUCCACACCACUACGAGAAACUAUUCCAGAGUCGCCCGGCAGCGACAGCUUCCCUGACUUCGACGCUGGCCAAGCUACUGGCGGCAGUCCGAACAACUCCGCAUCCUCAUCCUUGCGAAGAACUCGAGCGGGCACUGUACCAUCGCGCUUCCCUGUCAUGUCUUCUCUUAAUGGCUCGCAGUCUUCGCUUGUACCCAAGUCCGGCCAGCAGACGCCGUCCAGCGCGACAUACACCGGCGCGAGCUCGCCUGCCAAGGGUGACACCACCGCCGGCGCCCGUGGCCCGCCAGCAAGCAAUGCAGCGUUACUGUCACGCUUGAGAGCUGGCUCCAUGCCGCAGCGUACGAGCCUGCUCAACACGAGCCCGUUUGGCAGCUCUCUGUUUGCGAGCAAUUGGUUGGCAGGUCGAGAGCGUGCGAGCACAUUGCAGAGCAUAAGAUCCUCCGAUGCACCAUCCUCGCCAAAUGGAUCUCCUGCCGAUGGCGAUGUGAGGACGUUGGACUAUCUCGGCCUAGUUGAUACACCACAAUCUGGCAGGAGUAGUCUCACUCACGACAUGCUCAUGGGUCAACAGCGAGCGAAUGGCGUCACAAUUGCCGAUCUCGCAGCACUCAACGCUUACAACAACCGCAAUACCGCGAACCGCUUUAGAUCAUACUCGGUGAACGCAAAAGAGAAGUACGCAGAUGGUGAUGAGGAUGAGUUGGAUCAAUAUGAGCAGCUGCAGCAACAGCUGUACAGCGGCACCAUGACCCCGACGUCGGAAGCCGCUGCUGCCCAAGCUGCGGCCAUUCACGAGGCCGUCAGACAACACAAUCUUGAAGUGCAGGCAUUUGCCAACUACGCAAGCCAAACGAGACCAAGAGCUCGCACUGCCGGCGUUCUCGAUUCGCCAUCAUCACGCGCCAUGCGUAGCUACAUGCCCACGCCAUCACGCUUGGACAACAGCAUCACCGCAGCGGAUCUGCAGAGCAAUGACGGCUCGGAGUUUAGUGGUCUUGCGGCCGCUGUCCAUAACAUGAACCUAAAUAAGAAGCAGUCCUACGAAUGCGGGCUGGAGGCCAACCUGGAGACACCAACCAGAGCGCUAUGGUUGGGCAACAUUCCUUCUUCAACGACGGUGUCGUCGCUGAACGUGAUAUUCAGCCAGUAUGGCCCCAUCGAGUUCGCCAGAGUGCUAACGCACAAGAGCUGUGGCUUCGUGAACUUUGAGAAUAUUCAAAGCGCCAUUGCGGCCAAGGCUCAGUGCAACGGCAAGGAGAUCUUCCCUGGAUGCGGACCCAUCAGGAUUGGAUUCGCGAAAGAGCAGAGUGCAUCGAACACCCCAGGAGCGAAUGGCGCGUACCCCUCUCCAAGCCCAGAUCCAUUCGUCUCGAAGAAUCGUAUCGAUAGCUCGCUCGGGGGAGGUAACACAUCCGGCAACAUCAAUGCUGAGACUGCUGCUGCCGCUCUGAUCACCCCGAACUUGCUCGACAUGCGUGAAGAGAUCUACAACAUUGUGGGCGACUUUGGUGCAACUGAGGAGGACCGGAGCCGAAUUGCUGAAAGUCUUAAAGAGGCGAUGAGCUUCGAUUACUACGUUCCCGAGAUGCCGCCAAUUCAGGAGCCAAGCCACAGCCGCAUGCACGACGCUCCUCGUCUGCGUGAGAUCAGGAAACGCAUCGACAAUAAUUCGUGCAGUCCGAUGGAGAUCGAGAACAUCGCCAUGGAUAUGCUGCCAGAAAUCUCCGAGCUGUCAUCGGACUACCUUGGCAACACAGUCGUUCAGAAGUUGUUCGAGCACUGCGCAGAGGAGACCAAAGAAGCUAUGCUCACGGAGAUUGCACCUCAUCUGGCCGAAAUUGGUGUACACAAGAACGGUACCUGGGCUGCGCAGAAGAUCAUUGAUGUGGCACGCACACCCUCUCAGAUGCAGAUGAUUGUGAAUGCACUCAAGCCCCAUGGUGUCAAUCUGUUCUUGGACCAGUAUGGCAACUAUGUCAUGCAAUGCUGCUUGCGUUUCCAGGCACCGCUCAAUAACUUCAUUUUCGAGACGAUGCUGAACAGGCUGUGGGAUGUCGCUCAAGGCCGUUUCGGUGCUCGCGCCAUGCGUGCCUGCUUGGAAAGCCACUUUGCUACGAAUGACCAGAAGCGUCUGAUGGCAGCUGCCAUUGCACUCCACAGCGUGCAACUGGCAACCAACUCGAACGGCGCUCUCCUCCUCACCUGGUUCCUCGACACGUGCACCUUCCCCCGACGCCGAUCCGUCCUAGCGCCAAGACUCAUCCCGCAUCUCGUUCACCUCUGCACGCACAAGGUCGCGUACCUCACCGUACUGAAGAUUAUCAACCAACGCAACGAGGCAGAUGCUCGCGACAACAUAUUGCAGGCCCUCUUCUUUGAAGACCAAACUCUCACGGACAUCAUCUCUGACCAAGCCUGCGGAGCUACUUUCGUUUUCAAGGUUCUCACAACCCCAUUCCUUGACGAGAGCAUCCGACCACAAUGCCUCGAGAAUGUACGCAAUGUGCUCGUAAAGCUCAAGGCAGCACCAUCACAAGGCUAUAAGCGUCUCAUGGACGAGGUGGGCAUGCCGACUCGACACGGCGGUACACCAGUCAGCCAUGAUGGCCGCUCCAGCUCAAAGAAUAGGCAAAUGAAUGGUCAUCUGCCACAUCUCGACACCGCUCAGAACGGUUUUGGUCGAUCACCUUACUCAAAUGCUCAGCAACAGAUGAUGGAUCAGGGCAUCGGUCCCGACCCACAGCGAACCGUCAGCAUGGACUCCAACAGCUUUGAUCCGUACGUGCAGCAGUACACUCAUAGUCCCGCCAUGUCUAACGCUGGUAUUAGCCCGAUCAACCCUCUCCAGUAUCAACAAGCAAUACUUGCGCAAGGAGGACUUGCCAGGACUCCAGCAUUUUAUGGUAGCCCAGCUGGCAUGACUCCAUACGGCGCGGCAUCACCAGCUCCGCAACUGGUCGAUCCAUACAGGCAGAACAUGAGUGGCUCGCCAAUGAUGCCGCCUGGCAUUGGAAUGCAGACAGGUUAUGGGCAGCAGGCAUUC